AUGGAGCCUGGUCCCCCUGCCCUCCCAAGGAAGAAGGCAGCAGCUGGGCAGGCCUGGCAGAGCCUCCUCUGCCUCCGUCCCCGCAGGCAGAAGAAGAAGGUGGCUUAUUCCUCCUACAUCCAUAAGCUCUUAAACCAGACGUGGUCCACUGGAGCCUCCUGCCUGGCGGCUGCUGCCCUUGCCUGGCUCGGCAGCCCCCGGCUGCUUGGGGACGUGGCGCUGGAGGCCGCCCGGCUGUCCCGCUGCGGCAGAAGAAGCCACCUCAGCCACCGGGAGGUCCUGCUGGCCAUGAAGCUGGUGCUGCUGCUAAAUGUCGGGGUAACGGUUGCCUUCAAGGAGCAAGCCCUGCCCAAGGACUGA